CUCAAGGUCCAUAGGGAAUCUUAAUAUAUUGAGAGGGAAGUCAUUUAUGAGCAGCGCUGGACUUUCAUUCAUAUGACAAUGUCAGCAUGGAUAUUACUGCUCACUACGGGUGUGUCUGUCCUGGGACUGUCCUGGGGUCAGCGGACUGAACCCAUGUUUGCCUCAGUAACUCAGAGUGUUUUCCCGCCGGACUAUGAGAAUAACCCUACGCAGCUCAACUAUGGCGUGGCUGUCACUGACGUGGAUGGAGACGGAGAUCUGGAGAUCUUUGUUUCAGGCUACAAUGGCCCAAAUCUGGUGUUGAAGUAUGACAGUUUUAAGAAGAGGCUUGUUAACAUUGCGGUUGACAACCGCAGUUCUCCAUACUAUGCACUCAGAGAUCGACAGGGCAAUGCCAUUGGAGUGACAGCAUGUGACAUAGAUGGUGAUGGCAGAGAGGAAAUUUACGUCCUUAACACUAAUAAUGCCUUCUCUGGGAGAACAACAUACACUGACAAGCUCUUUAAGUUUCGUAACGGCCGGUUUGAGGAUCUCCUGAAUGAUGACAUAAAUGAAAACCGAGAUGUUGCCAAUCGUGUGGCUGGUCGGUCAGUCGCAUGUGUGGACAGAAAG